AUGUUGGUUAUAUCGAAUAAUUCCCCACUACCCCUCUUCGCAUUAACACAAUCCCGCCACACCACGAAGAUCAUCUACAUUUUUGUCGAGUUUUUGGAAAGCGGAGAUAAACAAUCAAAAAAAACAAAGACACCCAACACAGAAAUAGAAAAGUCUGAGAAUGUAGAAAGGAGCAGCAGCAGCACCAGCACCAGCACCACCUGCACGGUGGAGAGCAGCAGCAGCAGCAGCACCAGCACCACCCGCUCGGUGGACAGCAGAAUCAUCCAUACCUACGCGGACAGACCCCACAACAUCUACACGCCCAUCUACAAGGAAACGCACCACAUCUACACGGGCAACCAUAUCCACACCCACAUCUACAUGGACACGUCCAUCCUCACAACUAUAUACCGAUACACCAUCCACACGUGUACCACCUUCGGCAUCCACACGGCUUCCCACACAUCGCUCACGCCCUCUCACACCAACAUCUUCAGCAUCACCUUCACCAAUAUCAGCACCAAUUCCACCAACAACAGUACCACACAAAUCCAUCGCAACCGACAUACAUCCACGUCCAUUACCCCCUGA